AUUUGCCGAAGAAGUAGGACUGAAAAGUAGUACUGAAUUCGCUUUACUUCGAAUGUAGCAAAUAGUCGGUGUAAAAGAGUUGUCGCGCGAGUGUGCACGGAGAAUAACAAGAUUAAUAUUUUUGGCUUGAAGUACACUAAAAAAAAAUAAUGUUUCAGAAAUAUAGAAAACAAACGUAAGGUCGAAAAGAAAAAUUAAUUAAAUAUAUAAUAUAUAUAAAAGAAUUAAAAAAAAAAAUACUGAGUUGAUAACAACAAUUUUAAAAUUUUAAAAUUGCUAUCUUUCGUUGAUUUCCCUACACAUUUGUUGGCAAUUAUUCCGAACUCGGAGCAAAAUAAUCAAUGAGGUAUUUUGCCAUUCCAACUGUUUUUUUACAUAUAAAUCGUCGUAUUUAGUAAAAUGGAAAUUCAAACAGUUAAUAACCACAUAAAUAAUUCGCUUAUUCUACCUUCAUUAAUUCCACCAGAAUCGAAUCAUUCACUUAACAGCAGCAUCACUCCACAUAGUCGCAGUAAUAGUCCGGCCAGUUCUAAUUCUGAAAUUGAAAAAGAUUUUCAAGAUCUAGAUUUGACCUCUAGUAAUAAUCAAACUUUAGGUGGAGAUCUCAACAAUUGUAGCAAAUCAAAUGGAUCACUUAGUGGCGCAUCUUCAUCCUCAGCAAAUACAAGCAACAUAAUUAGCAAUGGAAAUACCCCGAAUACAACAGCGCAAGUUAAAAAGCGCAUAUCAAGCAGUCGGACAUCAACGCGUAAAGCGAGACGAAUAAAAUUUUAUCGUAACGGUGAUAGAUUUUAUUCCGGAAUAACCAUUCCAGUAUCAAACGAGAGAUAUAGAUCUUUCGAAAGUUUGUUUGAAGAUAUAACAAGACUUUUAGAGGACAACGUUAAGAUACCAGGAGCUGUACGUACAAUAUAUACAAUGUGCGGCAAAAAAGUAACCAGCUUAGAAGAACUUGAAGAUGGUCAGAGUUACGUUUGUUCCUGCAAUAAUGAAAAUUUUAAGAAAGUCGAAUAUAAUACAUCCUCUCAACCCUUAUCAAUUUUGGCUUUAACUAAUAAAGCAAAUAACCGUCUCUCAAAAAUGUAUCGACCUUUAUCACCAUUAAAAAACGGUACCGCUUUAGGAUCUAACGGCAGUCCGAUGCUAACGAAAUCAAUUGAAUUGGAUAACAUUGUAUUUCCACGUAUUGUUACAUUAAUAAGAAAUGGCACAAAGCCACGUAAGAUCAUGCGACUACUUCUUAACAAACGCAACAGUCCAACGUUCGAUCAUGUAGUUCAGUCGAUAACACAAGUUGUUAAACUUGAUACUGGAUAUGUGCGUAAAGUAUUUACACUUUCUGGAACACCAGUACUUCAACUAGCUGAUUUCUUUGGGGAAGAUGACAUCUUUUUUGCUUAUGGUACAGAACGCGUUAAUAAUUCUGAUGAUUUUAAACUUGAAUCUGAUGAGCAUAAAGCUAUCCAAGCAAUUCGCAAAACGUUACGUACGGCCGGCACAGCAUAUCAGGGUCCUAAACCGAAAAUGCCUACUAAAAGUAAAAACACAAAGCCUGUACCAAUUGAUCCUAAAUUAGAAGACGAGGAAUCAACACUUAAUAAUAUCGGAAUCGAUGCAUCCGAAUUGCCAGCAGCGAUACGUGAGAAUUAUGUGCUUGGACAAAUUAUCGGUGAUGGAAACUUUGCUAUUGUGGUAAAAAUUAAAGAACGCAAAAGUAGACUGCCUUAUGCACUUAAAAUUAUCGAUAAAAGUAAAUGUCAAGGGAAAGAACAUUAUAUUGAUGCAGAAGUACGUGUCAUGAAAAAGUUGCAGCAUCCACAUAUUAUUUCAUUGUUAAUGGAAGUAGACCAACCUGCAAUUAUGUAUUUAGUGGUGGAUUAUGUAAGUGGUGGCGACCUUUUCGAUGCUAUUACACGUGUUACCCGUUUUUCAGAGGAUCAAUCCCGUGUUAUGAUCAGACAUUUGGCUUCUGCACUAGCAUAUUUACAUUCCAUGAGUAUUGUUCACCGUGAUAUCAAACCAGAAAACCUCUUGGUUGAACUGGAUGAUAUAGGUAACGUUACUCAGCUUAAACUAGCUGACUUCGGACUCGCUUGUGAAGUUACCGAGCCUCUUUAUGCUGUUUGCGGUACGCCAACAUAUGUUGCACCAGAAAUUUUAAUGGAAACUGGUUAUGGCUUAAAGAUUGAUGUCUGGGCUGCGGGCAUUAUACUUUAUAUAUUACUGUGUGGGUUUCCUCCAUUCGUUUCACCUGAUAAUGAACAGGAACCACUUUUCGAUGCUAUUAUAUCAGGUGUCUACGAGUUUCCUGAUCCUUACUGGUCUGACAUAUGUGAUGGUGUAAGAGAUUUGAUAGCAAACAUGUUACAAUCCGAUCCUGAUGUACGGUUCACAAGCGAAGACAUCUUGGAUCAUUACUGGACUAUGGGUGAAAGCAGUUGAACUAUUAUUUUUACAACAAAUAACACACAUGAAAGAUUCAUACUUAUUGUUAAAGUUUAUAUCUUUAGUUUUAAGUAAAAAAGAUUAUGACUUUUACAAUUUUAAUUGCUGAUGAAAAAAUCGA